GGGUUUUGUAGGACAAGGACAGAGCCUGAGAAAGAGAUAAAGAGAGAAAAAAGAUUCCCAUCUUUCUCCAGAAAUCUGAUGAACAUGCAUUAAAGCUACAUAAUCUAAGAGUGUUUGUUAAUUAAUCAUAAUUAUCUUCCCCUGUCAUUUUGUGUGUGUUAAUAUUGAAUUUUAUACAAAUAUUAGCGGAGAGAUUGAAGAGGAUGGGGGUGGAUUAUUAUGAAGUCCUGAAUGUAGAGAGGAAUGCAACCGAAGAUGAUCUCAAGAAAGCUUACCGGAAAUUGGCAAUGAGAUGGCAUCCUGAUAAGAAUCCUACAGACAAGAAAGAAGCUGAAGCCAAAUUUAAGCAAAUCUCCGAGGCUUAUGAAGUCCUUAGUGAUCCGCAAAAGAGAGCAACAUAUGAUCAGCAUGGUGAGGAAGGUCUAAAAGACAUGCCAGCAGGCUCUAGUAGCACUGGCGGAUUCCCAAAUGCAUUUAAUCCGCGAAAUGCUGAAGAUAUUUUUGCAGAAUUCUUUGGAAGUAGUCCUUUUGAAUUUGGGGCAGCAGGAGUUGGGAGAUCAACGAGGUACUCAACGGAUGGAGGGGGGUAUAGGGGUUUUGGUGGGGGAGACAAUAUGUAUCGAACAUAUAGUGAUGGAGCCGGACCUCAAACGCCCAAGAAACCACCACCUGUGGAGAGCAAAUUGCCAUGCACCCUGGAGGAAAUUUACUCUGGAUCAACUAGAAAAAUGAAGAUUUCAAGAACUGUGGUUGAUGCCAGUGGGCGGGUAAGGCCAGAAUCAGAAGUUCUGUCAAUUGAUAUAAAACCCGGGUGGAAGAAGGGAACAAAAAUUACUUUCCCAGAUAAAGGGAAUGAGCAGCAUCACCAGCUCCCUGCAGACCUUGUGUUUGUGAUUGAUGAGAAACCUCACAGCGUGUACAAGAGAGACGGCAAUGACCUCAUUAUUAACCAAAGAGUGACACUAGCCGAGGCAAUAGGAGGGCCAACACUAAAUAUCACGACACUGGAUGGGCGUGAUUUGCCAGUCACUGUUACUGAAAUUGUACACCCGGAUUAUGAGCAUGUGAUUCCACAGGAAGGAAUGCCAAUUGCAAAAGAGCCUGGAAAGAGGGGAGAUCUAAGGAUCAAGUUUGAAGUCAAGUUUCCUACGGAAUUGACAGAUGAUCAGCGACAAGCACUCAAGAGUGCUUUAGGAGGGUGAUGAAAUCAAACAGUACUCACAUAAAGACUAUAAUUUUAUAGCUAAGGGCGCAAAGAGAGGAGAGUUGUGCAUGUAUUCGGGGUGCUCAAAGAGUCGAAAUGUACUUCAAUUGUCAAUAUUAGCUUGAUGUAUUAGAGUUUCUAGCAUACAUUGCUUACUUUCAGAGUUCCAGAGGAGGGCUAUAUAUUGUAUCUUGUAAUUAACACAUUGUAUCAAUUGGUCUCAUGAGAAGCCCGAAAUCUCUACAAACUUCUUGCUCAGAUACAACGUCGUUCUCCCUUUGAGGGGUCCAUAAAACCUUGA